AUGCCCAUCUCCCUGCUGUGGGCGGUGGACGUGUACGGGCAGGUCUACAGCCUGUCCACGGCGGGCCAGCAGUGGGAGCGGUGUCGCGAUUCCCAGAUGGAGUUCAAACGGGUGACGGCAGCUCAGCAGUGCUGCUGGGGGAUUGCCUGUGACAACAGCAUCUACCUGAACGUCCACGCGUCAGACCUGCCUGUCCGCUACCAAGAGGAGGCCUACGAGAAUCAAAGAUGGAAUCCAGUCGACGGUUUCUCAGAUCGUUUGCUGCCAAGCGACCGUUGGCAGUGGAGUGACGUCACAGGUCUGCAGCACCAGCUUCUGGACAGCGUCCAGCUCCCUUCCAGCAGCUGGGAGUGGGAGGGAGACUGGUAUGUGGAUGAAAACUUUGAGGGAGAACCCACAGAGAAAGGAGGGUGGACCUAUGCCAUGCAUUUUCCCGCCACCUACACCAAAGACAAGAAGUGGAACUCCUGUGUCCGUCGUAGGCGAUGGCUCCGCUACAGGAGGUACAGCGCUAUGGAGACCUGGGCGAAGAUCCCCUCACAGCAGACGACUCUCCCAGAUCCUUUCAGCGACAUCAGCUGUGGAGGCUGGGAGAUCAGUGAGGAGCCCAGGGGUCGUCAGUCCUUAUGGGCUGUGUCCCUGCAGGGAAAGGUGCGGUUCAGAGAGGGAAUCAGUCACCACAAUCCUGAGGGCUCAUCAUGGGAGGAGGUCUCCCUCCCUGGAGAGGUGGUCCAGAUCAGCUGUGGCCCAGGGGACCUGGUCUGGGCCGUGCUGUGGGAGGGGCAGCUCAUUGUGAGGGAGGGCAUCAGCCGAGACUGCCCCCAAGGCUCCUCCUGGGUGGUGGUGGAGUCUCCCAACCCUGAGGUGGGGGCUACACAUGUAGCUGUGGGGGCUAAUGUUGCCUGGGCUGUGACCAAGGACAAUAAAGUGUGGUUCAGGCGCGGCGUGAACUCUCACAACCCCUGUGGUUCUGGUUGGAUCAGCAUGGUUGGGGAAAUGAUCACGAUCAACGUUGGACUGAAUGACCAGGUGUGGGCUAUUGGUUGUGAGGACAGGGUUGUGUACUUCAGACAAGGUGUGACCCCCAACGAGCUGAGCGGUAAAACCUGGAAAGCCAUCAGCGUUCCUCGAGAUGGAGAGCGAUCCCACUCCAGCGCCAGUGCAAACAGCGAGCAGAGCGCUGGUUGUUUUUUUUCCGGUGAGGUGCACGAUCAGUCCGGAGUGAGUGAUGUGGAAUCAGAUGUAGAGAAAGGAUCAGCUGAUGGAGACUUUGGCCUCAUAACCGCCCCAGAAUCCUCAGUAGACGCUGCCAGUAACCCUUCAUCUGACCCAUCAGUUGAGACUCCCAGUCCUCGCAUCCCCAAGGUCACAAGUGACAGCUUCAUCUCUGAACUCGUCUCCGAUCGGAAGACCUCGAGGAACGUUGACUCAGCCAGUCCUGCCGUGUUGCAGGAGGAGGAAGCCAUACCCGUUGAAGGAGAUGUUAAAGCCCCCUCUGCUGGUGCAGCAGUUUCUUCGAACCAGAAUGGUGGCGCUCCUGAUCUCCGCUGGAGUAACGUGGAUCUGGAGGAGACGCAGGCUCAGAGUGUUCAAACUGCAGCUGGGCGGGACAUGGCUGACUCCUGCAGCUUGUCAUCUGUAACCACCUACACCCUCAACAUGGAGGACCCGUACGGGGCAGAUGAACAUCCUCUGUGGGCGUGGGUCAGUGGUGGAGGUUGUUCUGUGGACAGUCACAGUCAACUCAACUGGUUCAUCUGCCAUUUGAACACUUCAUGUAAGUUCAGUGGGUCAGUUCAGUCCAUGAGUCUCUCGGUGACGCCGACUCAGACGGCAGCCUGGAGGAAACAAAUCUUUGAGCAACUCAACGAAAGAUCCAAGAGGGAGCUGGAGAAUUUCGGACACUACGAGCAAGCUAUUGAACAGUCUGUGUGGGUGAAGAAGGGGGCCAUGCAGUGGUGGAGAGACUGGAAGCCACACAAGUGGACCGACGUUCAUUUUGCCUUGGAGCAGUUUUCAGGACCAGAGGGCUACAAAGAUGGCAUCUUGUUCAUCUAUUACAAUUAUUACGAGGAGAAGAAGUACCUUCAUGCCUUCGUCAAUGAAGUGACCAUCCUGGUCCCGGUGUUAAAUGACAGCAAACACACGUUUGCCAUCUACACUCCAGAGCGCACCAAACAGAGGUGGCCGAUCAGACUGGCAGCUGCCACGGAGCUGGAAAUGCAUGACUGGCUGGCUUUACUGAGUGUGUCGUGCUGCGACGCCAGGAAAAUCCACGGCCCUCCGACUAAACGUGCCAUCUGGUCCAUCACCUGUAAAGGGGACAUCUUUGUUAGCGAGCCCACUCCUGCCCUGGAAGCCACUCCUUACCCCACAGCUUGCGAUCAGAUGUUCUGGCGGCAGGUCGGAGGUCACCUGCGUUCCGUGGAGUGUAACAGCAUCGGGAUAGUGUGGGGUAUUGGUUACGACCACACCGCCUGGGUUUACACUGGAGGUUACGGUGGAGGCUUCUUCCAGGGACUCAGCAGCAGCACAGAUAAUAUUUACACACAGACUGAUGUCAAGAAUGUUUACAUCUAUGAGAACCAGAGGUGGAACCCUGUUACCGGCUACACUAGCAGAGGUCUUCCAACAGAUCGCUACAUGUGGAGCGAUGCCUCUGGAUUACAUGAAUGCACAAAAACCGGCACAAAACCUCCAUCUCCUCAGUGGACAUGGGUGUCGGACUGGGCCGUCGACUUCAGCGUCUCCGGGGGAACCGACAGAGAAGGCUGGCAGUACGCUGCUGAUUUUCCAACGUCGUAUCACGGCUACAAAACCAUGAAGGACUUUGUUCGUCGCCGGCGAUGGGCCAGAAAGUGUAAAGUAACAACAACCGGACCCUGGCAAGAAAUUCCACCGAUCCCACUGAGCGAUGUGACAAUCCUGCCGUGUUCGGCUCAGAGCCAUGUGGAGACGGUUCCUGUAUGGGCGAUCAGCAACAAAGGAGAUGUGCUCUGCCGACUGGGAGUCACCACGCUGACACCGGCUGGAUCCUCGUGGCUCCACGUGGGAACAGAUCAGUCUUUCAAGUCCAUCUCCGUUGGAGCCGGCGGCCAGGUCUGGGCCAUCGCCAGGGAUGGUUCUUCUUUCUACAGAGGAUCGGUAUCUCCACAGAACCCAGCAGGCGACUGUUGGUACCACAUCCCCUCUCCUGCUAAACAGAAGCUGAAGCAGGUUUCUGUGGGGCGGACAUCGAUUUACUCUGUGGACGAAAACGGUAACCUAUGGUACCGACAGGGUGCGGCCCCCAGCUACCCUCAGGGCUCCGCUUGGGAGCACAUCUCUAAUAACGUGCGCAGAGUCUCUGUGGGGCCUCUAGAUCAGGUUUGGAUCAUAGCAGACAAAGUUCAGGGCAGUCACAGUCUGAGUUGUGGGACGGUGUGCCAUCGGCUCGGGGUCCAUCCCAUGGAACCAAAGGGACAGUCAUGGGACUAUGGGAUCGGGGGUGGGUGGGAGCACAUCACAGUGAGAGGAAACUCCAUGGAGCCCCCCCGUGUCAGUCUUCCCUAACAGCCUGGACUACCACAGCGACACUCCACCCCCCACCCCCCA